CCGCGUCAUGCCACCGCGCGAUCCCUCUCCGAUAAUCGUUCAGAACCGGAGGCGUUAAAAAUCACCGCCUAGAAGCGGCGGACAGUCACAAAUCAGUUAUCAAAUAAUUAACAAGUGCUCGAGUUAAUUAACAAGACUAGCCGUUAUCCUGAAAAAACAAUUGUGCCCCACGCACACAACAAUACAGUAUAUAAUGUUUAAUCCAAGAAAUGUAGCAGUACUGCUAUACACUGCACUGUAUAUGACUGGGGAAUUCCCAGAAAGUCCUGUUACAACAGAUGAAAAUGAAACAAAAGACAUGAUGGAAAAUAUGCUUCGAUCAAUGUAUGAAGAAGCGUUUGAAGUUUAUGAAGAAUCAUCAUUAAAUUUUCAAAACGAAUUGGAUAUACCUGAAGUAGAACCUGUAAUUGAUGAAGAAAGAGAAGAUGACACAUAUUUUGUAAAAGAAAUUGAAUGUGUUGCAGAUUGUGUACCAAUAGAAUAUAAAAGAAAUGCAGUAGAGUUAUGGAGAAGUGGAACAAAAAAGUCAAGAACUCUUGCAUCUAUAAGAAAUAGAUUUCGGAAAAUCACGUCAUUACGUCAAUUGAGAAGAUGGGAGCAGCAAGUAAAUCAAGGUGGCAGCAGAUUUGAUAAACUGAAAGAAAUAUCAACAUAUACGUUAAAUAAAUUUCAUGAAGAUAUUGAAAAGGGAAUAAUUAUUCAUGACAUUGAUAUUGCUCGAUGGGCUAUUCGCGCACAGAAGGAAGUACAGGGUUUGUCCGGAAAGUAAUGCGUCGCAUUUUUUUGUGACGCGACUA